GCUUACGCUGCAAUCAGGAUGAUCGCACCAAAAUGGUUAAAGACUUACUGACCGCACCUUCACUGACGCAGCUCCGGAUAUUCGUUGCUCAAAGCAAGACCGCCAGGUCCUCUGCGGCAGUAUGAGCAUCAAGACUUGGCACGGGGGGGAAAGAGAGGGUGGUGCAUCCUUUCGCAACCAGGGUAACGGCGGCCUCACGACUUGCAACGGUACCGCCGUUGCGUCGCGGAACGCACGGCGAGAUCAAAUCCAGCAUGUGCUCACUUCACCGGUGAAUGGAGAUUCCUCGUCUCGCCAUUUUUGCGCGGUCGCGGUCUCAUUCAUUGCCGUAAGAGAGCGUGAGGAGCAUUCGAGAGGGACCGAAAGAAGCUCUUGCCAAGAUCUUCGGCGCAAUUUGCCUGCAAAGAACUACAUGCGCGGCCUUCUCCAAGCAAAGUUCAUGUCAAGGCAGGCGGAACAUCACUCUCGACUUGACGUUGCAUCGCGCACGCAAGGAAGCUUGCUCGGAUGCAGGGGCGAGCGCAUGCCCGGCCAGACCUCGAAGCACCGACGCGUGGCUUGGGUCUUGGCGCAUCGUACGUGCUCAUCUUCGUGCGCACAACAACCUCACAUCAUCCAUCGGUCGCCAGUCGCCAGUCCCAAGCGUGUUGUAUCAUUGCUGGCUUGCAUUCCCGGCCGGGCGAGCGUCUCAGCCUUCCGCAGAUCGGUCCGGGGGGCGAAGAGGCUAGUCGCAAUGUACCCAGAAGGCUCGAGGAAGAGCACGUGUGAACGUGCAAAACAAAUCGCCAAGGGGCCUGUUCCCGCCCACUUUCCAUUGCAGACAUGCCGGUGAUCUCGUGUCCCAAGGCGACGGCAUCUGCCACAAUCUUCUGGAUCAGAAAGCUAUGCAACGUCGGUCUGCCGGAGCAGUGCACAUAGUCUAUGCUUCUAAGCGCGUCGAAUUGCCAAGAAUCCUGCCGUGUCGUUUCACGUACCUACUCCAAUCUGGAAUACAGGGACUUGAUCUUGGCAGCUUAUUGAACGUCAAGUGCUUCAAAGCUGCAGC